AUGGCACUAGUCCAAUCCUCGCACUCGGGAUGGAUAGAAACCCCCAAAGGUGAAACAGCGGUGCACCAGGAGCCCCAAGAUCUAGCAAGGAUCAAGGAUACGAGUGAAAGACGUUGUAACAACAUAUACACCUGGCCCCCGGCUCACGCCGGCUCGCCCUUUGAAACAUAUCACGCUGCGUUCAAUGUUUCGCUUCUGCGCAGAAUGGACACUCAAUCAUAUAGCCAAGUUAUAUGGACCAACAUUAGAACAGAAGCCUUGGUUAUCAGUGCCUACACGACUUGGACGUGUGAUACAUCUUUCCUUCAGGGCGACCAUAGUCACCUAAUGCCCAGCAUGGCCACCAGCGUUCCUUCGACUGUGUCUCGCACUUUGCUCAUCUGUGAAUACAUGAACACCCUGAAUGGCUUUACCCCUCGAGAGUUCAUGUGGACGUUCUUAUCUUCCACUCAUCCAGACCUCAUUUAUCGUCGGCGCUUGAUGAAGACUGGCUUAGGUACCAGGCAAACGCGUUCAAUCUUCAAGAACCUGGGCAAAUUGACUUCGUCGUGCCCACAAGGCGCGGCGGAUUGGGAACAAUUGAUAUUAGAGGAUGCCUCUGAGAAUGUCAACGCCCAGGACGUCCCACGUGGAGAAUUUCCUAGCGGCCCCUAUGUCAGUUCGAAAAAGAUCACACCUGACUAUUUUACAGAGGCUGCUGAAGCACACCGCGAGAGUCAAAUACGUACCGGCAUGAAUUUCCUUCACCAGUUGAUUCACCGUAAGCUUGCGUCGGGAAUGAGGGUUAAAGACAUCCACCACGACCCAGGCGAGGACGAAGAUCCCAGCGAAGACCCCUCACAACCCGGUUCAAUGACGCACGAAGGCCAGCCAGAAGGAUCUACGAUUGAAGGCGCGUUAGAUGAGGCCAAAGUGCUAUCUCUAGAGAACAUGGUCUAUGUAAAACCCACUGCAGCGGACCUGGAAACCCACAAACUUGCCACGAUCCCCGUGAUGGUUUGUUCCAUGAUUGCGAUGGCGUGUAAUCGGCGUGCCAAUGCAAUUCCCCUCGCGAAUGGAAUCAUAACGUUAGCUGCCGGGGUCACCUGUCGAACAAAUGAAUGGCUGUAUGCAUUAGGUUUGACAACUUCCAGAUGGACGAUCCUUCAGGCAUUGGAACACUUGCGGGUGGUUCAAGAACACCGAAUGAUGGAAAUAUUUAAAAUAAAUCACAAAUUAUUACCGCUGUUAUGCUAUGAAAAUGUUGACAUACAUUUAAGAAUACACAAUACACGUAUCGAGACUUCAUCUUGGCUGCUCCAUGGUACUUGGGGGUUUUUCAAAGUCAUUGAGGCAUGUGUAUUGGCCAAAUGUCCCGAGGAAGUGGUGAAUCUCGCAUCGUUCUUGGACUCCAUGGCCUCCGCUCAAAAAAAACCGGUGCUCAUGUCGGCAUUUGCACCGAAACCUGACGAACUCGCUCACUGGGUGUCAGUCAUUAAAAGCCAACUCGCUUCAGCGCUUAAAGAAUAUGUGGAACACUUGCCAGGAGCGCCUGCGCGGUCGGGCCUGCCGCCACUCGUAUGCCAACCUCCGGCAAUUGACCCAAUCGCGUUACACAAACCCAAUAUUCACUUUCUAAGGAUGGUCGACGCGCCCGACUCUUCAGCUGAGGGUGUGGGGCGCGUGUUUGAUGCUAUCAAAAGUCAGAUCGGGGUGUCUUCGGAGGAUUUAGCCGAGAAGCUGUUGAUUGCUGGUGGUGACGUCGGCUCAAAUAUGUUACUGGAAAGUUUGCGAGUGAAGCAAUACCCGCCCAUUGAUCACAUCGAAGGGUUGGAGUCAAUCCUGUCGGUGUUUGGCGGAGCCCACACAACGUGGAACAUCGCGAAGAACCUUUGGGCGCUCCAUUGGGGUCGAACAGAUAAAGGCGAGGAUUCAGGGGUAUGGAGGACCUCUUUCGCACUCGGUGGGGAUUACAAGAAACCUGUCGCGUUGCAAGACUUUAACUCGAUAAUGCGUGAGAUGCGGAUAGUGCACAAGGCCAAUCUGAUCUUUAUAAUCAAGUCAGUACGGAUUCGGGCAUGUAACCUACCAAAUAAGAAACUUUGCUUACUCACCUAUGAGAGACAGGCAAGUCUUCCUCGAGAUGCAGCAGUCCGAAGGAGGCAUUGA